UGGGUCACAGCAGCACCCCCGGACCCGUUUGUAGCUGCAGAAAGAGGGGAAAGUAAUAUAUUUCUCCUUACUUCAUAUCAAUUUCGAACCCUAGGAUCCUGAACGACCCUUGUGUGAAAUCGCUCUCAAUAAUUUUGAGAAUUGGCAAUGGGAGCUAGUCGGAAGCUACAGGGAGAGAUUGAUCGAGUUCUAAAGAAGGUUCAAGAGGGUGUCGAUGUAUUUGAUAGCAUUUGGAACAAGGUUUAUGAUACGGACAACGCAAACCAGAAGGAAAAGUUUGAGGCGGAUUUGAAGAAAGAGAUAAAGAAGUUGCAGAGGUACAGAGACCAGAUCAAGACGUGGAUACAGUCCAGCGAGAUCAAGGAUAAGAAGGUUAGUGCCUCUUAUGAGCAGGCUCUGACGGACGCUCGAAAGCAAAUUGAGCGCGAAAUGGAGCGCUUUAAGAUAUGUGAAAAAGAAACAAAGACCAAAGCAUUCUCCAAAGAAGGCCUUGGCCAGCAACCUAAAACGGAUCCAAAGGAGAAAGCUAAAUCAGAGACAAGAGAUUGGUUAAAUAAUGUGGUUAGCGAGCUGGAAAAUCAAAUAGAUAGCUUUGAAGCUGAAAUAGAGGGACUUUCUGUUAAAAAAGGGAAGACAAGGCCUCCCAGACUGUCCAGUUCAAUUGACUUGCACUUGCAUUAUGCAAAUAUCAUUGUUUUGCAGACGCAUCUAGAGACAUCCAUUGCUCGGCAUAAGGCUCAUAUUAUGAAGUUAGAAUUAAUUCUAAGGCUGUUGGAUAAUGAUGAAUUGAGUCCAGAGCAAGUCAAUGAUGUGAAGGAUUUCUUGGAUGACUAUGUGGAAAGAAAUCAGGAGGAUUUUGACGAAUUUAAUGACGUUGAUGAGCUCUACAGUUCUUUACCUCUAGACAAGGUGGAGUCACUUGAAGAUCUAGUUACUAUUGUCCCUCCUGGUCUUGUUAAGGGUGUCAGUGCCUCCACUGCUCUAAGUAUGAAACCAUCUUUAACUGCUGUACCUACCCAAGUUCCAGCAGCUACAUCAGCUUCCAUCCAGCAAGUUACUUCCACUCACGAUCAUGUAGAAGAAACAACUCUCCAGGAUGAUGCUGUUGCAAGAACUCCGCCUCCUAAAAGUAGUCCUCUUAGUUCCUCUGCACCACAAACACCAGCAGCAGGGCACGCAACUCCUGCCAUUACAAGUGCUGCCAGUGUUUCAUCUCCGGUGGCUGUACCAGGUGCUGCAAAGGAAGAGGAAAUUACUAACAUCCCUGGACAUAAACCGUCACCAGCUCUCGCUGAAACUGGAUUAAGAGCUAUUGGUAGAGGUGGCCUACCUAGUCAAUCGACAUCUAAUGUCCCUGCAACCUCUGGAAACGUAAGUUCCAGUAAUGGAGCUUUUGGUACCAUGUCUUUGACUUCUGAGGUGGGGAAGAAAAAUAUUAUGGGGCCUGAUGACCGGAAUAGUGGAAUGGUCCCUUCUCUAGUGUCCCCUAUAAGUACUAGAGUAAUCCUGCCACAAUCUGCCAAGGCUAGUGAUGGACUUGGAUUGGCUGAUACGGGAAAUGUUGGCGAUGCUGCAACUCUGGGCAGCAGAGUUUUCACUUCUUCUGCGGUUCCGGGUAUUCAAUGGAGACCUGGAAGUUCAUUCCAAAACCAGAACGAGACCGCACAGUUCCGUGGAAGAACUGAGAUUGCUCCUGAUCAAAGGGAGAAGUUUCUACAACGAUUUCAGCAGGUACAGCAGCAAGGCCAGACUAAUCUUCUUGGUAUGCCUUCUCUUGCUGCUGCUGGAGGGAAGCAGUUCUCUGCCCAGCAGCAGAACCUACUCCUACAGCAGAUUGAAACUUAUUACUCUUGUUAUAACCACUCUCAGUUCAAUGCUCAAAGCUCGUCUCUCACUCCCCAACUUGGGUUGGGGAUUGGACUUCAAGCUUCAGGUCUUAACAGUGCUGCAACACCUGCUUCACUGCAACCACAGACAAGUGCAACCCACCAACCAUCUAAUCAGCAGCCAAUCAUAUCGUCAACAUCUAAGGAUGCGGAAACUGGGCUCACAAAAGUUGAGGAAGGAUAUCAGCCUCCCAUUGAAGAUGCAUCCUCAGAUUCUGGUUCUAACAUUGGGCCCGGGAAAAACCUCAUGAAAGAAGAUGAAUUGAAAACUUCUUAUCCUUUAGAUACUGCGGCUGCUGUUGCUGAUGGUACGGUUGCUGAACCUUCACAAGUGGUUCGGGAAAUAGACCUAUCCCCAGGACAACCUUUGCAGCCGACUUCAUCUGCUGGAAGUCUUGGCGUUAUUGGUCGUCGAAGUGUAUCUGAUCUUGGUGCUAUUGGAGAUAACAUCAGCGCUUCAACUGCUAAUUCGGGAGGAUUGCACGAUCAGUUGUACAAUUUGCAGAUGCUCGAGGGUGCUUAUUAUAGACUUCCUCAACCUAAAGAUUCUGAAAGAGCAAAGACCUAUACUCCAAGGCACCCAGCAGUCACCCCCCCAAGUUAUCCUCAAGUACAGGCACCUAUUGUCAACAAUCCUGCCUUCUGGGAGCGGUUAGGUGCAGAUACUUAUGGCACAGAUACACUGUUCUUUUCGUUUUAUUAUCAACAGAAUACAUACCAGCAAUAUUUGGCUGCUAAGGAAUUGAAAAAGCAGUCGUGGAGAUACCACAGAAAAUACAACACAUGGUUCCAACGGCAUGAAGAGCCAAAAGUUGCCACAGAUGAUUUUGAACAGGGGACUUACGUGUACUUUGAUUUUCACAUUGCCAACGAUGAACAACAUGGAUGGUGUCAGAGAAUCAAGACGGAGUUCACAUUUGAGUACAGUUAUCUUGAAGAUGAUUUAAUCAUAUGAAUGCUACCUCUCGCAGUAAAUCAUGUCUACUUUUCUUGUAGUGUCACCCCAUACUGCGUUGAGUUCAAAAAUCCAUCCCUAGGUGACUAUUAUCCUAUCGUUUAUGAAAUAAGUUGAACAGCCAUGAGUUGCAGUUGGCUUGUUGCUUUGUCUUUGACAUCUUCUCUAUGGCUUGAAUAGUGGAAAACUUGAAAAACUAAUAUACCAACCCUUUGUCUCCUUUACUUCUUAUUUGCCUCCUUUGUCUUUGACA